AAAAUUUCUCCCCCUACCAUCUCAGCCUGAAGUAUAUAAUUUACAUUCUGUAUUUUUUUAGCCUGCACUAUCCCCCACAGAUAGCCAAAUUCUGCAGAGAAUAAGGCUUUGCAUAAUGGGAUCCAUGGAAAGAUCAAAGAAGAAAGUACAGCUAUGGAAGAAAGCCAUAGUCCAUUUUCUGCUGUGUUUUGUGAUGGGGUUCUUCACAGGCUUUGCUCCAGCUGGGAAGGCGUCGAUAUUUUCCGGGAGGCUUUCUGUGUCGAAAGCUCAAGCGAAUAGCACAGGAAAGGCUGUCGAGAUCCCACAUGGAACAAGAACACAGGGCGAGAAUUUGAACGGGACUUUGUUGGGUAGAAAUUUUUCUGCAGAGCCAGCACGGUCCAACAAUGCAUCAAAACCCGCAUUCUCCAAGAAGCUGCAGGCGAAGGGGGUGGCAGAGGAUCUGGAUCCACGGAGGCUUAUAAUCAUUGUCACCCCAACGAGCGGGAAAAACCAGCUGAGAGGGGUGCUGAUAAGGCGGCUGGCAAGCACGCUGAGGCUGGUGCCUCAGCCGCUCGUGUGGGUGGUUGUGGAGCAGCAGUCCGAGGAUUCCGGGGUUUCUGAGAUACUAAGGAAGACAGGAAUCAUGUACAGACACCUGGUGUCCAAGGAGAACUUCACCGACAUCCAGGAAGAGCUUGAUCAUCAGAGGAAUGUUGCUCUGAACCACAUUGAACACCACAGGCUUAGUGGGAUUGUUCAUUUUGCUGGCCUUUUCAAUGUCUAUGAUCUCAGCUUCUUCCAUCAGCUCAGAUCAAUCGAGGUAUUUGGGACAUGGCCAGUGGCAUUGUUGUCAGCAAACAAGAAUGAAGUGGUGAUAGAAGGGCCAGUGUGUGAUUCUUCAGAGGUAAUAGGAUGGCAUUUGAAGAGAGUGAACAUUAAUAAUAAUCAAACAGAUGAUGAUCAAAAGCCUGCAAUUAGGGUUUCCAACUUUGCAUUCAACAGUUCCAUUCUUUGGGAUCCUGAGAGAUGGGGCCGUACAUCUUCUCUCCAAGACACCUCUCAGGAUUCACUGAAAUUUGUGAGAAAAGAGGUGAUUGAAGAUGAGGCAAAGUUGAUGGGAAUUCCUCAAGAGGAUGAUUGCUCAAAAGUCCUCUUAUGGAAUCUCCAAUUUUCAACAUUAUGAGCACAACAUCAUUUCUUUGUGUGUUGAUGGUUUAGCCAGGUUAGUUGGUAGUUAAAAGCCAAAGACCAUGGCCAGCAAUUUCAUGGAAAUGAAGAGAUCCAAUCUCAUAGUUUUUGUCAAAAUUUUUAUGUUGUAAUUGUUGGCAUUUUACUUUUUUUUUUUUUUUUUUUUUUUAACUCCGUAAUAAUUCUUUUCAUGUAAUAAUUAUUUUAGGGAAAGAAAAUUUGAAUCCAUUUGUGAAAUGUUAAAUACUGAAAUAAUUUUCUUGUCAA